AUCAAAAAAGAGAAAAACAAAAGUGAAAAUAUGUUGAGUGUUAAAUUGAUCAUGCAAUCCGGAAAGCCAUUGGUUAUGAAGCUCCCAAUCUCAGCGACCGUAUACGAGCUUAAGACUGAGCUCCAAAGUCUGCUCAAUAUUCAGCCGGAAACAUUGGAGAUUUCUGCUUCUGAUGUAACGUGUGCCGAUUCAGAUCUUUUAACAGAAGUUGUUGGUCUAGGCAACAAGAAACAAAUUAAGCCGGUUGUGUCUUGCUAUGAAGGCAAAAAUUUUGUGGGCUUGAUACUAUUUUCUCUUCAAGCCGAGGAUAUUGCGGUUCCAUUGGUCGAUAAUUCGGUGUCAGACCCAAGUAUUGACGUUGUGUCGCUCGAAGGAAGUGAAUCUUCCGCCAGUGAGCUAUCCUCAGGAUCCAGCAGCGAAUGCGUACAGCCAUCCACGAUUGAUUGCAAACGUGGUAUUAAACGAAAAGGCCAGGGACAUGAAAAACCCAUAGAGACUAAACGGUUCAAAAGGGUUCUCAAAUCGAGUGAGGAGAGUCUAGAAAGCCCCUCGUAUGGAUUUAUGGAGGAGCCAUGCGGUAUGGGAGGCUGCGGGAUUAAGUCCCGACCACGCCCGGUUAAAUCUGAGAUGGAAUGGAACCAGAUGUUAUGAAUGGUCAGCGGCCCCCGUACGUUAACAUUCUCCCAGAGAACAGGACGUUUGUUGUGGUUAUAUCUUCCUCAGAGUGCGACAAAAACUUUUGCGAUCUGUUGGAAGAGUUCUUUGGGAUUUUUUUGGACUUCAGAAACGUUAGCUGCUUGGAGUUUAAUGAGGUCACUCCGGUGACCGAAUACAAUGGGCGGCUCUAUGUAUGCGCCAUGGAGACAUAUCAGGCCGUCAGUCUUAUAGACUUCCUACACCUGACACCGGCCAGAGUUAUGUGGUCAAAGGUCGAGGACUGUUUGCUGAAAAUUUUGACGCUCCUGAAACUGCAGAAUGCUGAUAUUACGAAGGAGAAGUGGGCUGUGGUGAGCCGCGAAGAUGCACCCCCUAUAGUGACGGAUAUUUGUCCCAAUGAACAGGUUGGGAUCUGGAUGGAUGCGGACAGUAUGGAUAUCAUCAAGGGGAGAUGCAACCGGCUUAAACUAUCUUUUUGGAUGAUCGAAUUUGAGUUUUGCGAUUAGA